UUUAAAAGUGACCGCGAAUUCGUGUGUAAAUCUUUUACGCCUCUGAAUUAAAUACAACCAUUUAAUAAAUUCGAUAAUUGAAUAAAUAAUAUGGCUGAUGUACCAGAGCCAACAAAUAAUAACGAAGCAUCAAGUGAAGCCGCGUCUGAUGAUGCCAGUGGUGAUAAAGAAGUCGCUGCCACAGCGACUGAGAAGGACAAAGCCGCAAAAGCAAGUGCAAGCGCUGGUGCAGCUGGAGCCGCAAUUGAAGAUGAUAGCGAAGAAGAAGCGGAACCUACAUCCAGCCUUCAGUUGGGUGGCGGACAACCCGUGCGCAAAUAUGCGUUCUCAUUCAAGGAAACUCGCAAUGGAAAUAUACUGACUAUACAUCACACAAUUCAAGAGGGUAAUCGAAUUACACGGAUUCGUAUGGCUGCAUGUUGCUUCAGUGAGCACUGCACCUUCAUGGUGGCCAUCGAUCGGCGUGGUAAUAUUUUUGCAUUUGACUUCAUAAAUAAACGCUUUUGGCAACUGAUUGAAGUUAUACUUAGAGUUACGGUCAUAACUCCUUGGAUACAACGUAGUAAUCUAUAUCUCGUAGGCACAAAGCUAGGCCAGUUAUUGUUGCUAGAUAUAGAGAAAUCAGCUGUGAUAAAAACGAUAGCAAUCUCCAAUGAAACUAUAAAAGCCAUAUCUUUUGUAGGGCAACCAUUACAACCUCAGCGUUUUGUGCUGGUACAGGCAGGUUGCCAAGCAUUGCUUGUUAAUUUGAGCAAAUUCAUUCUAACACAUCGCCUAACCUUCGAUGAUGAGAAUAUCAUCUUAAAAUUUGCAUGUUAUUUGCCUUGUACUGAGCAAAUCUUUACCUGCUUCACCAAUAAUACCGUUUAUAUAUGGUCAAGUGUUACUUUAAAUAGGUUACGUGUCAUACAUCCCAUAAAUAUGCGCGAUCGUAAGCUUAACAUAGAAGGUGCGGCAGCUUUGUCAGCAGAUAUUGUGCUGUAUGAUGAUUUCACAAAUGUCGGCGGUGAUUUUAAUGUUAAUUGUCAGGAACUAAAUUAUGCCGAUGGUUUGAUUAUUGCCUUUUGCUGCCAUCCUUUCAAUAACUUAUUGUGCCUUUCCACACUGGACAGAUAUUUGUUAUUGAUCAAUACCAUUACUUUUGAGAUUCAGCACAUUUGUCGUUUGAACGAUAUUGUUAUAAGCGAAUGCGUUUUCCUGCCGCAUUCAAAGGAGAUACUAAUCUGUGGCGUAACUACAGAUCCUGGGCAGGUUGUAAUUUUGAAUUGCAUAAAUAAAGAUAACAAAAUAAGAAUCCAAGCGGAUAAGGGACAAAAGCUGACAAUAUCUCAUGAUGGAAAACUACUAACGGUGCUUAAUAGGAGUGGCGAACUUAACAUUUGGUCCAUUUGUAAACUAUACAAUUCUUUAAAGUCGCAACAAGAAUGCCUACAAAUUUUAAAGUCUGCUUUCAACCAAAAUAAGCCAGUGGCGAUUGGCGCUUCGGGAAAUCCUAAUGCAGCCCUAGAAGAUGAUGAUUGCAUUCUAAACAAUAAUGUUAGGAAAUUACUUACCCGCGACCGGCUCUUACCUAUACUAGACGAAUAUCGUUGGUUUCCGCGCAAAUAUCGCGUAAUGAUGUGGUGCGCGCUGUUACAAUUGCCCAACAAUCGCCGUGAGUUUAAUCACCUUUUGAAGUUGGGCAUACCACCAAUAGUUAAACAACGCGCCCAACACAUACAGAUACGUAAUGAAACAAUGAAGCGUGCGUUGGUGCGUGUGUGGUCCUGCUUAGCACGUUGGUGCCCAGUUUUUGCUCAUAGCAAAUUUGUGCCAGAACUAAUAUUUCCAUUUGUGAAGCUAAUACCACGCAAUCCACUUGUAGUUUUUGAAAUUUGUGCCACGCUCAUAACGAAUCAAUUUCAAUUGUGCUUUGAGUUGCAUCCACUGGAGCCAAAAAAUUAUUUGGGCUUAUGCGAAAAUAUCCUACAACUAAAUGCGCCCCAGCUAUGCAAAUUCUAUGCAAGCAUGCAAGUAGGACCGGAAGACUAUAUCUGGCCGAUGAUUACUACAGCUUUCUCAGAUGUGCUUAGCACAUCGCAAUGGCUUUGCGCUUGGGACAACAUUAUGGUACGGCCGCCAUACUUUCCAAUUUUCUUAGCCGUGGCAUACAACAUUGUACAGCGCGAGGUGAUUGUGCGACUGCCCGAUAAGCCAACGAUUUUGUCAUUCUUUCGCGACUCUUAUCCGGUGGAUGUGGAAAUAGUGCUGAAAAAAGCCUAUUAUUUAAUGCAGAAAUGCCCACAAACGUUGCAUCCGAAACGUUAUAUGAAGGAGUUUCAAAGCAUACCAAAGAACGUCUAUCCGAAAUUCUUGAAUUAUCCACGUGAAUGGUUGGUGAAACACGAGGAAGAUCUAGCCGCUGUGCAAAGGGAGCAACGGAGUAUUGACGCGCGCAUACGAGAAUUGGAAUUAGAAGAAAUGAAGUUGAUGGAGCGCCUACAGAGUGGGUUGCGUAAUGAGGAACAUGCAAAGCAGGUGGAAAGAAUGGAAAAGCUCUAUCGCGACUCACUUAAGCGUGAGGAAGAGCGUUUAGCUUAUCAGCGCAAAGUGCUAAUGCUCUAUCAAAAAGAAAUACGCAAUCGUAAAGCUGAAGUAGCGGCCCAAGUGCAAGAGUCUGAGCAACGUCAGCGUACGUUACAAAUGGAAAAGGAUCUGGAGUUGCUAAUGCAAAGUAUAGAAUGUGAACGCACACGCAAUGAUGCUGACUUACUUAUGGCCGAGGAUGAGGUGCGCAAUCAAGACGUAGAGUUAUACGUACAAAAAUGUUUGAGCGCACCACGAUCAUGCUCACUGCGCACUAAGUAUCAUGGUGACAUACAAAAAUUGUGCAAUGAAAGGCGUUUGCUGAAAGCGCAGUUAAAUGAGAUUUCAAAUCUUCACAAACCUGCUGCAAGCACACGCAGCUCAUCCCAAAAUUCUCAACUUGAUACAAUUGAGGAAAGAAUCGAAGAAAUACAAAGAGAAUUUAAUGAUAUACUUAAGUCUAAUUGAUAAGCAAUAUUUAGC